AGUAGUUUUAAGACAACUUCUUAUACGAGAUGAGCAAAUACGUUUAUAGAUCACCAUUGAACAACGCUUGUUGCGUUCCAAAUAAAGAACAAAAAUGCCCAUGGAAUUCGAAAAUCGAUAGAAGUACAACCGUUCAUACUACUAAAGUUUGGAAUGAGCCGAGGCCGAAGAUUCUUCCAAACGUAUUGGCUGCAAUUGGCAACACACCUAUGAUACGAUUAAACAGAAUUCCUCGACAAGAAGGCUUAGAAUGUGAUGUUUAUGUUAAAUGUGAUUAUUUGAAUCCCGGUGGAUCCGUAAAAGAUCGGAUGGCUCAUAGAAUUUUGGAAGAUGCCGAAAAAGAAGGGAUUUUGAAGCCUGGUUGUACCAUUGUAGAACCAUCAUCAGGUAACACAGGCAUUGGUUUGGCUCUGGCGGCAACUAUCAAAGGAUACCGUUGUAUUAUUGUUAUGUCCGAAAAAAUUUCCAAGGAAAAGGAAUACGUCAUACGCGCUUUAGGUGCUGAAGUUGUGAGGUGUGCAGUUACAGAAAACUCUUUUUCACCAAACGGGAUGUUUGGGACUGUUCACCGACUAGCCGAAGAGAUUCCAAACAGCGUCAUCUUCGACCAAUUUUCUAAUCCUGGCAACCCAUUAACACAUUACGAUACUACAGCUGAAGAAAUUUAUGAUCAAUGUGAUGGACAAGUGGAUAUGAUAGUCAUGGGAGCUGGCACUGGUGGUACGGUAACUGGCGUUGGUAGAAAAUUCAAAGAAAUAUCCCCACACACCCAUAUUGUUUGUGCCGAUCCUUACGGAUCUUCUUUCGCUUUACCAGAAGCAAUCAACAAAACCGACGUCACUUUUUGGGAGAUAGAAGGAAUGGGUUAUGAGUUUAUUCCAUCUACUUUAGACCGAAAAGUGGUCGAUGUUUGGAUCAAAGUAGGGGAUAAAGAUGCUCUUCCCAUGGCAAGAAGAUUAAUCAAAGAAGAGGGAUUAUUAAUUGGUGCUAGUAGUGGAGCUAUGAUGUGGGCUGCUGUACAAGCAGCAAAAGCUAAGAACUUGGGUCUUGGUAAAAAAGUAGUGGUCAUCUUACCAGACAGUAUUAGAAACUACUUAACUAAAUUUGUAUGUGACCAAUGGAUGGAGGAAAGAAACUUAAAACCAUGCGUCAACAUUAACAAACAUCCGUGGUGGAAUGCUCAUGUAACUGAUCUGGAUUUUACUUCAGUACAAACUAUUCCCGCGGAUGCUUCAUAUAAAACUGCUUUAAACACUAUGGAAAAAUUAGGAGUUCAUCAGUUACCAGCAACUAAUGAAGAACACGGUGUCGUUGGUGUGAUUACUAUGCAAAUUAUUGUUAAUAAACUAACAUCUGGCAAAAUUAAAUUGACAGAUCCAAUAGUGGAUGCACUUGACAGGCUUUAUCCUCGUGUGAACAAAACAGCUAAUGUUGGACUCGUUUCAAGAAUUUUGGAAAAGGAGUCUUACGUUAUCGUCGUAGAAGUACAUGAGGUAGGGUGGAAGCUUAUGCCUUCCUCACAACGGACGGGUGCAAAUGCUGUGAGUUUGUGUGGGACUCUCACCCACUAAACCACCCUCCUCAAUCUUCGGGAGUGUCGUACGCCGGGAGGACAACAAAUUGUCAUUGCAUCAGCGUACAACACUUAAUCCUUUGGAUUUUUGAGCUGUUUCUUAGCUUCACUCCUCUCCACCAGUCCGUCAAGACGGCACAAGAAGAGAGAAAGUUACUGAGCCACUCCACCAACUUCUAGGUCUUACAGCUCCCAGGAGUGGGAACCUAAGCUAAUCUAACCUAACCUAAUCUAAUCAAAACUAACCUAAUAUCACCUAACCCAACCUAACGUUACCUAACCUAAUCAAACCUAACCUAACCUAACGUAACCUAAUCUAACCUAAACUAAUGGUUUUAGAAAUUGUAGAUUCUAAUUUUUGGAUUUUUCAACUUUAUGAUGAAUCCGUCACGUGUGUACGUACCUUAUCGUUUACCACCACUUGCUGAGUUGGCAUAUCCUACUCGCAAGGGAUUAAACACCGACACAAUUUAUAGCGCAUCCCUAGUUGGGUCAAUAGAGUUACAAACACCGAGGUUCUUAAAGAGACGUGAGCACAAACCUUUGAUGUACGUUUUUCUUCAUGGUAAAAAAAGUUAAGAUGCAAAAUGAAGGUGACAGAACUGAUUUAUACUUAGAAGAAAAACUCCAGUUUGAAAUAUGAAACAGUAUGAACAGAUUAUCAUCAGAAGAAUGCGAAUAGAGCGAAUUGUCUAAAACCGCCAUACUCAAAGUGGGUUCCGCGGAACCCUAGGGUUCCUCAAGAAUUUAGAACUCAGUCGCCACCCAGCACAAUAAAGUAAUUUCAUUCUAACUAGAAACAGUGCAUUUUACGAGGAGAGUUUAACAUCACGCCGCUCUUCAAUAAAACUUUAUGGCAAACCUAUUGCAAGUUCUUUAUUUACACCGAUCCCUGUACAAAAUACGAGAGUCAGAAGAUUAAAAAAAUAUAUCUCUACAGUAGCCCAAAUAUUUAUUCAGGACGGCAAGAGCCUAGAUAAAAAGAAUAGACUUAAUACUUAAGUUUAAGGUGAUUUAUUUAUGCUUUAUGUCUCACCGAUGAGAUCCGCAAGCCGCUUUAGCCUUUGUCUUGAUGAAAACCGACCGCCGAUAUCUACUUGUGAGCGCGCAGUCACUUUGAUAAAAGCCGCCGCUGAGAUUAGACGCUAUAGCGACUUUCGGCUAUAUAACUUCAAAACAAGUCGAGAUUGUUUACACCGCAUUUUUUGUAUUUCUAUUUUUAUUUCGGCUUUUUAUUUAUUAAAGGCGCCGACUCGAGUAUUUUUAAGAAUGUUCGAGAUCGUGCUAGGACCCAAUGCUUGCCAAAAUGGCUCUGAAUAUUCUUCUUCCAUUUCCAACAACAUAUUUGUGCGAAACAGGAUUCUCAACCUAUGCAGCCACGAACACAAAAUACCGGAAUAGACUGGACGCCGAACCUGAUAUGAGACUUCAACUGUCUUCUAUCAAACCUGAUAUCAACCAAUUAAUGAAAAAUAAAAAACAGUUUCAUACCUCCCAUUAGUUAUUUUUUUUUCUUUUUUAAUAUCUUCUAUUUCUAUUAUUAUACAUGUUAUGUAAGUAAGUAAUAAGUAUAUGUUACAUUCUACGUUUAUUAUGCUUAUUAAUAAAGAAUAUACUUUUAGA